GGAGUACAGAGACAUUGUCAGGGCACAGGUAGGAGCAGCACAGUGACACUACAGGUUAAUCUGGAGUGAUGGUCAACCUUUUUGUUGUGGCUUUAUUCUUCUCAGCAGUAGCCGCACGACCUGAUCCAUGGAAGCAGUGGCAACGAGGAAGUCCUCCAUCAUCCCCCUUUGGUGGGCCUCCUGAAAACACUAACAUGCUCCCGAAGAGGCCCAAUGACAGAGGAGGAGCUCGCCCACAAUUUGGGGGUCAACCAAUGGGUGGAGGGAAAGAAAGCCAAGAACCAAUGGGCGGAGGACCUUUAUGGCCAUGGUGGGAUGUGAGGAAACCUGGCAAUCCAACAUGGCCUAAAGAGACACCCCCCUGGCUCCCAGAGAGGCCCACAGCAGGACCAGGGAAUGGAGCCGCCCAGCCUCCCAGCAGCCCACAGCCUGGACCAGGGAAUGGAGCCGCCCAGCCUCCCAGCAGCCCACAGCCUGGACCAGGGAAUGGAGCUGCCCAGCCUCCCAGCAGCCCACAGCCUGGACCAGGGAAUGGAGCCGCCCAGCCUCCCAGCAGCCCACAGCCUGGACCAGGGAAUGGAGCCGCCCAGCCUCCCAGCAGCCCACAGCCUGGAGGACCCCCUUUAAUCCCUGAAAGGGGGGACAGACUGAAAGAUGAUUGGGGUCCAUGGUGGGAGCAGGGAACUAUGGGAGAUCUUGCGUCACCACCCAGCCUUCCACCUCUGUUUGGACCUGGUUUUGGGUACAAGCCUGAGGGCGCGGGGGCCUACCCUGGCCAGGAGCCCCAGCGUGGGCCGCGAGGCCGACCUGAGAAGCCCGGAGGGCCCAGAGGAGGAGCACGACGUCCAAACACACGGGACCGAAACAGAAGGCCUGGACCGAUGCCUCCAUUCCCUGGAGCUGGCAACAUCCUUAUUGGAGGGAAGCCCCUGAUCCCUGAGAUUGUGGGCAAUAGGGAGUUCUUCCCUUUCCUGAAGGUGGAUAAUGUGACUUUCCAGAAUGUGUCUGACCUUCCCCUGAAAGAGGGGGAAAAUCUUUUCCUGCUGCCAAUGGACACAACAAGACCACCUCCACCAAUGGUUGAUCCCAACGCACCUCAGAGGCAAUUGUUUGGAAAUCCUUCCUAUAAUCUUCAGCCCUAUCUGAAGCUCAUCUACAAUCCCACUGCAACGCGUAAAAUUUCUUUUGAAUAUGGAUUAACAACGCUGCUUCCAUUUGGUAAGUGUUGGUUGAUGUUCUUAUUCUAAGAACACUAAAUUGAACGUGAUGUUAAUAACCUCUGGUUCCCCAACAGGCUAAGACUAGGACAUGAGCCAAAAGAAACCCAGAAUGGAAGAUGUGGCUAUCAUUCUGAAGACCACCGUUCAUCACUUGAAUUUGUUAUCUAAUAGGUUAUAUAUCAAACUAUCAUACUUGCAAACUACAAACUCAAGUUGAAGCCUUUAGGCUUUUGGUUUGAUCUCUUUUUCUAUCUUUGUUGUGUAGCAAUCUUUUUAUACUUCAUCAUAUAUUACCUGUAUAUCAUAUUGUAAAUCAUAUAAGUAAUGAUGAAGUAAAACUUCGUAACUUUCUUUCAUUAAAAUGGAAUUCAUGCAAACUAAUACUAUUUAUUGCAAUUCAAGAGGUUUGACACAAGCAUGC